AUGACACACCAGCCCUCAGAUAUGACACACCAGCCUUCAGACAUGACACACCAGCCCUCAGACAUGACACACCAGCCUUCAGACAUGACACACCAGCCCUCAGACAUGACACACCAGCCUUCAGACAUGACACACCAGCCCUCAGACAUGACACACCAGCCUUCAGACAUGACACACCAGCCUUCAGACAUGACACACCAGCCUUCAGACAUGACACACCAGCCCUCAGACAUGACACACCAGCCUUCAGACAUGACACACCAGCCUUCAGACAUGACACACCAGCCUUCAGACAUGACACACCAGCCUUCAGACACACCAGCCCUCAGACAUGACACACCAGCCUUCAGACAUGACACACCAGCCCUCAGACAUGACACACCAGCCUUCAGACAUGACACACCAGCCUUCAGACAUGACACACCAGCCUUCAGACAUGACACACCAGCCUUCAGACACACCAGCCCUCAGACAUGA